ACAAUACGUAUUUGUGCAUCCUCAAAACAUUCCAACGAAAAAUGAUUCAUCGAUUUUUUAUAUUGAUUUGAUACUGAAUUGAUAAUUUCACAUCAAUUUGACAUCAACGUCGGUCAUUUCUUACUGAGAUCCGUUCAAAUUUAAAGUCCAAGACUAGAAAGUGUAGAAACUAUAAAGGUUUUAGAACGCACUCCAGAACAACAAAAUGGCUCUAACCAGAGAGUCUGGUAGGGUGUCAAUUCAAUUGUUGAAAAACAAAGCAUGUUUGUACACUGCAGUGAGAUGUUCUUCCGACAAACCGUUUCCAUGGAACUACCUCUGGCAGCCAAAAAAAUAUUCAGAAAAGGAACAUGACAAGAUUGCUGAGAAAUAUAAUUUGCAUCCUAAGGAAUAUGAAAUUAAUCUUCCUGAAAAAUGCCUUGGCGACUAUCCGAAAUUACCCAUGAUAGGACCAGCUGCUAAAGAUCCAUACUAUCCAUAUGACAUACCGAUAUUUAGGAAAAAUUAUCAUGAAACACUACACGCUAAUUUUGAAAUUAUGGGUGAAGAUCGUUUCAGCUAUGGCUAUAAGUACAGAAUUAAUCCAUAUGUGGGAUCUGCAAUAUGGCUUGCAACUAUAAUUAUUUUAGCUGGAAUCACUUAUUUGAUAAAUCCUUAUCCGACUGUUCAAAUAAGGAUGGAGAAACAGUUUCCCAAGAAGGGUGCAGUACAUUAUUCAUUUGAACCAGCAGAUUCGUGAAAAUAGGACGAGUAGCCUCGAGUAAAUAUAAUAGAUAUACAUAUGAAAAACAGCAGUAUAAUGUAUAAAUACAUAUGAGUCGUAAUAUAUACAUAUAUAUGGAUAGUAUUUUUAUUACAACACAUAUGUCUUUGUUGCGUUACAUAUUUCUGCAAAAAUUUUUUGUCACUUGUAACUUUAGUUUCUCUCUCUUGUCUUUCUCUAUUGUAUUAUAAUCUUUAAAUUGUAUUUUAUGAAAAAGCAAUAAAUUGCUAAUUGAUA